AUGCUAACAAAUCUAUUCAGAUUCCUGGGAGACGCCCUGAUGGUCAUCAGCAGGGUCUUCCUGCUCCACAAGGUGUGGAAUUCAAGGAGUGUCUCCGGGCUGAGUCUCAAGACGCAGGCUGUCUAUCUCCUGGUCUACCUCUGCAGAUACGUGGAUAUCAGACGCAUCAAAUACGUCAAUCGAUCCCUAGGCCGUCUGGCCAUAAACUACCUCCAGAUCUACAAUACGACAUUCAAGAUCUUCCUCACCGCCUAUCAACUCUACGUCUGCUACCUCAUUGGAAUCAGGUACAGAAAGAGCUACUACGGCAGAUUCGACAGCUUCCCAAUCACCGUUCUGGUUGGAGCAAGCUGUCUGAUUGCCCUGAUCAUCAGCUCCCGCCUCUUCUUCAUUGAAGACUUCCUCUACACCCUCAGUCUCAUUCUCGAGGCCGUUGCCAUUCUGCCGCAGCUUGUGAUGACCCAGGAGAGCGAGGACUGCGAGUCGAUGACUUCAAAGUACAUCUUCUUCCUUGGUCUCUAUAGGCUGAAUUACCUCAUCUAUUUUGUGAUACGCAAAAUGGCAGGUGAGACUGUUGAUAUGCUGAUGAUAUUCACGAGUCUGAUUCAGACUGCUUUGUAUGUUGAUUUCUUCAAGGUCUAUUACAACUACUGUAUUAACAAGGGAAACAACUUCAAGAGUAUGAUAAAGAAUUGA